AGUGUUCCUGUUUCACAACGACAUUUCACCAUGAGAAAUUUGUUUCACAGAGAGCCUGAGGUGAAUGCGAAUUAUGACUUUACAGGCAGUUCCAGUGAUGUCUGGCAGCAUAUACGGGUUUCAAUGGUGAUGCCGCCACUGACUGUUGCAAUUUGUAUAUGUGCGGUGAUGUCUCUAAUGAUGUUCAUAGAACGAGUUUACAUGACUGUUGUAGUGCUUUUGGUGAAGUUCAUGGGCAAGAAAAAGUACACCCAGUAUAAGUUGGAAGCACUGAAAGAAGAUCUAGAGCAGAAUAGAAGUUACCCCAUGGUGUUGGUUCAAGUACCUAUGUACAACGAAAAAGAGGUCUACAAGCUCUCCAUUGGAGCUGUGUGUUCACUUACAUGGCCAUCCGACCGACUCAUUGUGCAGGUUCUUGAUGACUCCACCAAUGAAAUCCUAAGGGUAACCCUCAACCACACUUCAAUAGUUCAAGAACUCGAUAUGAAGUGGUUAUUUAUCAACAAACUCAUUAGUUGUAUGCAGGCACUGGUAGAGUUGGAGUGCAAAAAGUGGAUACAGAGAGGAGUGAAUGUCAAAUAUGAGACAAGGAACAACAGAAAUGGAUACAAGGCUGGUGCUCUUCGUGAAGGUUUAGAUAAAGAUUAUGUGUUCGAUUGCGAAUUUGUUGUCAUCUUUGAUGCAGAUUUCCAACCAGAGGAAGACUUUCUUUGGCGGACUGUACCUUAUCUUCUUGAAAAUCCAGAAUUGGCUUUGGUUCAGGCUCGAUGGAAAUUUGUAAAUGCGGAUGAGUGCCUCAUGACCCGACUCCAAGAAAUGUCACUAGCCUAUCAUUUCACUGUUGAGCAAGAAGUGGGAUCUUCAACUUGUCAGUUUUUUGGGUUCAAUGGGACUGCUGGCAUUUGGCGUAUAAAAGCGAUCGAAGACGCUGGUGGCUGGAAAGAUCGAACCACUGUAGAGGACAUGGAUCUUGCCGUUAGAGCCAGCCUCAAGGGGUGGAAAUUUGUCUUUGUGGGGGACUUAGAGGUAAAAAACGAACUACCAAGUACCUUUAAAGCUUAUCGAUAUCAACAGCAUCGAUGGUCAUGUGGUCCAGCUAAUCUGUUCAGAAAAAUGACCAAGGAAAUCAUCUUUUGCGAGAGGGUAUCCAUCUGGAAGAAACUCCAUGUCAUCUAUGCAUUCUUCUUUGUAAGGAAGAUAAUAGCACAUUGGGUCACCUUUUUCUUUUACUGUGUAAUUAUCCCAAUAUGCAUCAUGGUUCCUGAAGUCCAUCUUCCAAAACCGAUAGCAAUAUAUGUUCCAGCAACAAUUACUAUUCUGAACUCAUCGUGCACCCUAAGGUCAUUGCAUCUUCUUGUCUUCUGGAUCCUGUUUGAGAAUGUCAUGUCUUUUCAUCGAUCUAAGGCGACAAUUAUCGGACUCCUAGGAGCCAACCGAGUCAACGAAUGGGUUGUGACUGAAAAGCUAGGGAACGCAACAAAGCAAAAAAGCAAUGUCAAGCCAAUAAAGAAAGCACGAUCACGCUUUGGAGAAAGGCUUCACUUCUCGGAGUUGAUUAUGGGAUUGUUCCUGUUAUAUGUAGCUAUCUACGACAUGCUCUUUGGGAAGGAUCAUAUGUUUGUUUAUCUCCUACUGCAAUCCGGUGCAUUCUUUGUCGUCGGAGUUGGGUAUGUAGGUAUAUCUGUCUCCAACUAGAGCAGCACACUGGUUGAUUACGUUUUAUAGAUUUGUGUCUAUCUAGCAGAAUAUGAGCCUCUAUGUUCAUCAGAAAGUUGAAGGGAACUGUGCAAGUGCUCAAGAUAGGGGGCGACACUUAAAAGAGCACAAGAGGAGCAGUACUAUGGAUAGUGGUGUAGUGUAGUUAGUUUAAUCUUUAGCAUGUAUUCCUGAAUAAAGUUCUUAGCUAUCUACGCAAGUUACCUGACACUGCAAUAGGUUCUAAAUUAUUGAAAAUGAAGAAUAUGACUUAUGGUGAAUAAAAAUAUAUUAUAUUGCAGUUUACUAGAUACUACAC